ACCCAGCACAAGAAGUGUCAGCUGAUCUGUGUUGUCGGCGUUAAUCUGUUCAUUAGGUCUGCUGUUCUGUACUGGUAGAGCAGGGUGUCCAGUAGCAUGCAAAAUAUGUUGACCCUCAUCUCGAACGUGUUCCGACUGGGCAACGCCAGCAAGAAUGUGGGAGCCCAAACAGUGUCAGAGGGGGCCAGGAUGCUGGCGUCCACACGCUCCUUCGCUGACUUCACCCCACAGGCCAGCUUUGACAUCAAGAAGUGUGAGCUGCACCGUCUGGAGGAGGGCCCCUCUGAGACGGCGGUGUUGACCAGAGAACAGGGCCUCCAGUACUACAGGACUAUGCAGACCAUAAGACGCAUGGAGCUGAAGGCUGACCAGCUGUACAAGCAGAAGAUCAUCAGAGGCUUCUGUCACCUCUACGACGGACAGGAGGCAUGUGCGAUGGGCAUCGAGGCGGGCAUCAAUCCAACAGACCACCUGAUCACGGCGUACCGCGCCCAUGGCUACACCUUCACAAGGGGCGUGUCUGUCAGAGAGAUCUUGGCUGAACUCACAGGUCGUAGAGGGGGUGUGGCCAAGGGUAAAGGUGGUUCUAUGCACAUGUACGCUAAACACUUCUAUGGAGGGAACGGAAUCGUGGGGGCUCAGGUUCCAUUAGGGGCAGGUGUGGCACUAGCCUGUCAGUACCAAGGCAACAACCAGGUGUGCGUGGCGCUGUACGGAGACGGAGCAGCCAAUCAGGGCCAGAUCUUUGAGUCGUUCAACAUGGCGGCUCUGUGGAAGCUGCCGUGUAUCUUCAUCUGUGAGAACAACAAGUUUGGCAUGGGGACGUCUAUAGAGAGAUCCUCUGCUAGCACGGAGUACUUCAAGAGAGGAGACUAUAUACCUGGAAUCAAGGUGGAUGGCAUGGACGUUCUGUGUGUGAGGGAGGCCAUCAAGUUUGCUGCAGACCACUGCAGAGCUGGGAAGGGUCCUAUUGUGAUGGAGCUGGAGACCUACCGUUACCAUGGACACAGCAUGAGUGACCCCGGGGUUAGCUACCGUUCACGUGAGGAAAUCCAGGAAGUGCGCAGUAAGAGUGACCCCAUAACCAUGCUGAAGGAGCGUAUGCUGUCCAACAACAUGGCUUCUGUGGAGGAGAUCAAGGAGAUAGAUGUAGAGAUCAGGAAGGUGAUCGAGGACGCGGCCCAGUUUGCGAUCUCUGACCCUGAGCCGCCAUUGGACGAGCUCUGCAACCACAUCUUCGCCAACAAUCCACCCAUGGAGGUCCGUGGGACCAACCCCUGGGUGAAACUGAAGUCUGUCAGCUAGACACACACACAUGGACCAAACUACUGUACAGUCUAUCAGCUACACAUCCCUUCCUACCCUCUGCAACCAACCCCUGGGUGAAACUGAAGUCUGUCAGCUAGACACACACACAUGGACCAAACUACUGUACAGUCUAUCAGCUACACAUCCCUUCCUACCCUCUGCAACCAACCCCUGGGUGAAAGUCUACUCCUCCUGUCCUCCGUCUCCCUUCUCUUAUUCCCUCAUGAAUUGUCUCUAAAUGCACUAUAAGAAGAAGGUCAUGACCCUGUAGGUCAGAGUUCAGUCUGUAGCAGCAAUCCAAACCAGUCUGUCACCUCUGACGUCACUGGUAUUUAUUGAUACUGUAUAGAGUAUAUUAUGUAGUUUUAUAUUGAUGUAUUCUCCUGACACUGACGUCACUGGUAUUUAUUGAUUCUGUAUAGAGUAUAUUAUGUAGUUUUAUAUUGAUGUAUUCUCCUGACACUGACGUCACUGGUAUUUAUUGAUACUGUAUAGAGUAUAUUAUGUAGUUUUAUAUUGAUGUAUUCUCCUGACACUGAGGGACCACCUGUCUGUAGAUUGGAGGUGAAUGGCUUAGGGCAGGCUUUUGUUCCAGCCUAGCACUAACACACCUGAUUCAAUCAGUCAUCAAGACAUUGAUUAGCUGGAUCUGGUGUGUUCAUGCUGGUACUUACUAAGCUUGCACACCCUAUAAGUCUCCAGUACCAGGGUUGGCUACCCCUGGAUAAGGGAGUGUGUGUGGGGAUGGUUCUAGGUUAAACCAAGUUCAUCUUCCUGUAAGGUUUCAGACUGUUAGUAUGUAUUACCUCUGACCCAGAUGUUAUUGUAGCACCGUAGCACUUUGACUAGAUAGAUAAACUAACGAGAUGUCAUUAUGUCAUCAUCGAAAAAGGGACCAUCAAUGGUGGUCUAUUUCUCUCUCUUCCUCUCCUUCUCUAACUUCCUCCCUGGCAUCCAUCCAUCCUUCUUUCCGUGAGGAGCGGAUACUGAUCCAAGCACUAACAGAAGAACUGAAAAACUCAACGAUUGUAAUACAGUUUGUUGUGAUUUGACUGAAGCAAUAAAAUUUGCCAGAGACUGUG